AUGUCUGACCACGAAGCUCCAGUCGAAGUUCAAGAAGACUUUGAAGUCGUUCAAGAGUUCGUCCCAACCAAGUUGGCUACCGCUAUCCCAGAGGAGGUUCAGCUAGCUCAGCAGGAGAUUAAGCUAUUCAACAAGUGGUCCUUCGAGGAGAUCGAGGUCAAGGACCCAUCUCUAGUGGACUACAUCCAGGUCAGACAGCCAAUCUUCGUCUCUCACACCGCUGGCAGAUACGCCAACAAGAGAUUCAGAAAGGCUCAAUGUCCUAUCAUCGAGAGAUUGACCAACUCGUUGAUGAUGAACGGCAGAAACAACGGUAAGAAGUUGAAGGCUGUCAGAAUCAUCAAGCACACUUUGGAGAUCAUCAACGUUUUGACCGACCAGAACCCAUUGCAGGUUGUCGUCGACGCCAUCAUCAACUCUGGCCCAAGAGAAGACACCACCAGAGUCGGUGGCGGUGGUGCUGCUAGAAGACAGGCUGUUGAUGUCUCUCCUUUGAGAAGAGUCAACCAGGCCAUUGCCUUGUUGACCAUCGGUGCCAGAGAGGCUUCCUUCAGAAACAUCAAGACCAUUGCUGAGACCUUGGCUGAGGAGCUAAUCAACGCCGCUAAGGGUUCCUCCACCUCCUACGCCAUCAAGAAGAAGGACGAGUUGGAGAGAGUUGCCAAGUCCAACCGUUAA